ACGUACUUCCCAGCUUGUAAGUGUUCAAAGCUGGCAGGCAGCGGACACUUGAGCAAGGCAGCAGGACUAAAGUAUGUCUCCACGUCGGCAGGAGCAGGGGAAGAACCGGAGCGGCUCGGUCCUGAACUUGAGGAGCACCGGGAGUCCGGGCUCGGUCCGCCGCAGCGCCGUGCUGCCCUCGCUGCUAACCUUCCUGGUGAUCGUAGCCUCCGGGGGCCUGCUCUUCAUGAUAGAGAAGGGGAUGCUGAACAGCAUGGACACGCCUGCUCCCAGAGGCAGCAGGCGGCUGGAGCCCAUCAGGCAGGCCGGGGAACACGGCGGCGUGGACGUGGACUCCCAGAUCCUCCAGGAGAUCCGCAACCGGACCAUCAGGGCCAUGUGCAGCCAGAGGAACAUGCCCCACAGCAUCUGGUCCCUGAGCCCCCUGCAGAGGAAGACGCUGUUUCAGCACGUCCUGGUGAACGACAAGUACCGCUUCCUCUACUGCUACGUCCCCAAAGUGGCCUGCUCCAACUGGAAGAGGGUUCUGAAGGUUCUGGGGGGAGCCCUGGAGAGCGUGGACGUCAGCAUCAAAAUGGAUCACCACAGCGAUCUGCUCUUCCUGUCCUCUCUGAAGCCGGAGGAGAUUCGUUACAGACUCAUGUACUACUUCAAGUUCAUGUUCGUGCGGGAGCCCAUGGAGCGUCUGCUUUCUGCGUACAGGAACAAGUUCGGCGAGAUAAAGUCCUACCAGAAAAAGUAUGGGGUGGAGAUCAUAAAGCGGUACAGAAAGGGCCGAGCUAAGGAUCCAUCAGUGACGGGAGAUGACGUGACCUUUGGGGAGUUUGUCCGUUACCUGCUGGACGAGGACGUGGAGCGCAUGAAUGAGCACUGGAUGCCCAUGUACAACUUGUGCCAGCCGUGUGCCAUUUCUUACGAUUUCAUCGGCUCAUACGAGCACCUGGAAAGGGACGCAGAGCACGUGCUCCAGAGCAUCAAAGCACCACCUUUUGUUCACUUCCCAGACAGGCAGACGUGGUACAAGCCUGUCACGAGACAAACGUUGCACUAUUAUUUGUGCACGCUGCCACAGAAACUACUCAGGGAACUCUUACCAAAGUACAUUUUAGAUUUUUCUCUAUUUGCUUACCCCCUCCCCAACACUACCACUGAACACUGCCGACACUAA